AUGUUGAGUAGGGUGUCUGAAGAUUUACUGAGGACCAAGUGAAAAAGCAUCUUCCAUUGACUUUGGCAUUACUUCAUGAGAUAAUUUGUGAGGAACCAUUAAUUAAUAUUGGAGGGUCUUCUCAAGCUGCCAGAAAAUAGGGAAUGUGCUGAUUGUCGAUGCAAGUACGCUUCAGAACUGAUUUGUGAUGCAUUUUGUGAUGUCACCAUUAUUCUUUUAAAAUAUCUUUUUCUGGAAAAAAGCUAUUAUCAUAUCUGCUACCUGGUGGUCUUGGGUCAUGCCUUAAUCAUUUCGAGAUGAUACUUCACCUUCUGGUGCACUUAAUCGCGGGCUGCACUAGUCAGUCCCACAUAGUGAUGGCUUCUUGUGAAUUACUCUGGUUUCUUUUUCUCUGUUAUUUCUUGAUAAUAUAGAAUUUUGCAAUAUCAAAAAGUCUAUUAAUAUAUGAAUUUUAAACUAGUUUCAGCCACAUGAAAUUUUUGGCCUUCAACAAACAGUAUUUAUAGCCAACUUUUUCAUGCCAAGUACCAACUAAGCUAGAGGCUGGUGGUGAGGAGGCCUACAACCACCUUCUUGGAUAGUCAUUAGACUUUCUCAAUUGACUCUGAUCUGAUCAAGUAUUAAUAUGAUUAGGGAAUCAUAUUUCCUAUCUGUAAAACCAAUCUAAUGGGUUCUUGGAUCUGAUUAGGCAAAUUCCUACCGUAAAAAUCACAGUUUUGCAAAAUUUUAAAACUUAAAACACUUUUUUUUCUUUUUUUUUAAUUGACUAGAGAUUCUUACAAAUUUAGAAAUGGUUAACCUCUCAUUGCUUUGAAGGCAAUAGGUUGAUGGUUCUGUUAAGUGGUUGUAGAUACUUUAGAGGUAAGUCCCAUAUUUGUUUGUGGGUUUGCUCAGGUUUUUUUUCUUCUGAUGUUUGUAUUCAAAGAAGUUGUAUUGAGCUAAGGGGUAUUCCCCAUUUCUGUACAUAUUGCUGUUUUCAAUCAAUGAUUUAUUUAACCUACCAAAAGUAGAUAAAGUUGUGAUAUUCAGGUCAACAACUAUUAAUUUAAUGCAAUUUUUUAGUGUUAUGACGUACUUAUUUCAGGGCUCCACGUUGGGCAAGCGUGAACCUGGGGGUAUUUAUAUGCAUGCAAUGCUCAGGAAUACAUCGGAGUCUUGGAGUUCAUAUCUCAAAGGUACGGUCUACAACUUUGGAUACAUGGCUACCGGAGCAGGUUGCUUUUAUGCAGUCUAUGGGCAAUGAGAAAGCUAACAGUUAUUGGGAAGCAGAAGCAUCACCAGAUCUUGACAGAAGCGGGACUGAAAACUUUAUCCGUGCCAAAUAUCAAGAGAAAAAAUGGGUUUCGAAGAAAGCAACACAACCAAUUCCAAUAUUAGGGGAAAACAGCUCUAGAUUUGACAAAUUAGAUCACAGCGAAGCCAAAGCUGGCAUUCCAAAGAAAAUAAGAAAAUUUUCUCUGGAGGAAGAGAUUCUUACUAAACAUAUGUCACAAGUAGCUCCUAUUACAAGAACUCAUGGGGGUUCUUUAGAUAUGACAAACAGGCUUAUGACUUCAGCUCCACCAAGGGGGAUGAUUCCUGAACACAAUACCUCCAUACAGAAUGGUAACGGAACUACAGAUCUCUUCAGCUUGCUCUAUGUCCAAGACUCAAAGCCUGAUCCUUUUAUUGUUCCUUCCCGUUGGGCCACAUUUGAAUGAGGAAAUCCACAGAGAUUGAGCCUUAACAGAGUUAAUAUCCAUUGGAGUCGAAGUUGCAGUUCAUAGGUGGAAAUUGAGAAGGUGAUUUAUUAAGGUAGCUAGGUACUCGGAUAACCAGUUGAGGAACCGCAUUAGUAAUUUCAGCAAGCACUCACUGGAUGUCGGUAUCAUAUUCAUAUGGAAGGCCACGUUUAAAACCAUAGAAAAGACAAAUCAAAUUCAUCUUCUGCUCUUUCAGUUUUUUGAAAUUGACAUUUUUGAUAGGUUAGUUCUUAACUAGGUUGAGAAAUAUAAGGCUGCGUUGAAAUGUUUCUUUUGUUUUUCACUCAUUUAUGUUAUGAAAACUGUAAAGUAAAUUGGUUUUGUUUUUUUAAUCUUGAUUUGCAUUGAUUUUUUCGGCUAUGUUUAUCUCGGGUUGUAAGUAUAGAAAUAUUUUGACAAUGAAUUCUUUGCUUACUGAUGCAUUUUCAUGAUUCGAAGGGACAAGUUGUAACAGAAGAUGAAGGAUAAAAAAAAAGUCACAUCUGGUUUUUUUUAGUCA